GAGGGGAAGCCCUGGAUCUUGCCUUCCGUGCAUGCGGCUGAGAAGCUCGUGCUGGAGACAGCCACAGACAAGGAGUACCAGCCCAUUGACGGCAAGCCAGAGUACAAGAGGCCUGUGCAAGAGUUGAUCUUCAGCGAAGAACUCUUAAACAGUGGCUGUGUGGCCACCGUGCAG